AUGGAAAUACCUCAAGACAUGGUUUUUGAGAUAUUUUCUUGGUUACCCGCGAAAAGUAUAUGGAGGUUCAAAUCAACUUGCAUCUCAUGUUCAAUCUUUCCAAAAGAAACUCUUUUUAGAGCAAAACAGACUCGUAAUUUGUCGGGGGCCGAUGGUUUUGUAAAAGAGAGUGAAAGCAUUGGGAUUAAAGGAGAAAUAUCCUCAUGUUACCGGGUUUAUGGUGAUGAACGGAAUGUUUACAGUUGUGAUUUGGGUGAUGAAAAAUUUAUGAUGGUAGAAGAAAUAGGUCAGCACAACUGUGGACUUCAUCCUCGCUUUAUAUCAUACUCGGGUACUCUUUGUUCGUGUGGAACUAAUGCUCGAGAUAUGUCUUGUUAA